UUUAACGAGGACCCAUUUCGCUCUCGGAUCUUUGGAGGUCCUCAGAUUUCAACUUCUCAAUAAGACACAACAAGAACCUGUUUUGCCGAGACGAACGAUGAUGAACCUGUUUUGCUUUUGUGGAGCCAAGGAGAAUGUCAUUGAGAUGCCGGUGGACAAAAUGGCCUUAGACGAUGUGGAUACCUUUAGUCUUGGAGACGGUUCAUUGUGUGACCAUUAUCGGGCAAGAUGGACUUACUAUGGUGACAAGACUGCCCUGGUGGACCACGUAACCGGUGACUUACUGACUUAUUCGGAGCUUCUGGAAACAGUGUCUCAGUUAGCUGGAGCUUUGUCUGCCAUCGGGGUUACAGCUCGUCAACGGGUAGCGCUUCAUGCCGAUAAUUCGAUGCAGUCUGUUCUUGCUCUUUUAGCACUAGAAUUUUUGAAUGCAACCACUGUUGCAUGCAAGACUAGCUUUACCGUUCGCGAGAUGGUGUAUCAAUGUACUGCGGCGGAUGUCGAAUUUAUCAUAACCGAUAAAGCAUGCUAUAAUGUAGUACUGCAAUCACUCGAUCAACUUCCAAUGGUUCGGAAAGUUGUGGUGGCUAAUAUGGGUUCGCCUGCCACCGAUCUACGUAUCGCAGCCACUAUGGAGGAUCUAUUAAAGCGCAGAGCCUGUUUCAGGGUACCAGAUGACGUUGACCCGAGUGAAGACGAAGUGCUGAUAGUAUUCACGUCGGGUACAACUGGCCUACCUAAAGGUGUGCUGCACACCCAUAGCGGAUUCAUCGCACAAUUCAGGAUAACAGGUCCAUCAGGAAGUAACGUGAUUCGCUCGACUGACGUUUGUUUUCAAUGGGGCCCACUGAGUCACAUAUCGGGAAAUCUGAGCCUUCAGCUUGCGCUUAACGUAGGUGCUACCAGCAUUAUCGGCGACGUCAAACGCGACCUUCGAGAUUGCGUUCGAAUAUGUGACACGCACAGGGUGACAUUCUUAAUAGCCAUGCCGGUCGUGCUAAAAGCGAUGAUCGACUUACUGAAAAUCAACCCUGGUGGCUGUAGUACACUCAAAACUGUUCUUGUUGGUGGUGGCGUCGUAAGCGUGUCUUGGUCGAAGGAGUUUCUUUCACUGCUUAAUCUUGACUGUUACCGUAUCGUCUUCGGGAUGUCCGAGUCUCUCCUUGUUUGUGCAACUCCCGAUCAAGAAAAAUGGAUAACCUCCAUAGGUUUGCCUAUGCCCGGCGUCGAAAUGAAGAUUGUAGAUAGCGAAGGAAAUGCCCUUAGCCCAAAUGAGAAAGGAGAAAUCGCCAUCAGAGCUCCGUGCAACAUGAAGGGAUAUGAUAAAAAUCCCGAAGCUACAUCUGAAACCAUUGUUAAUGGUUGGCUCAUGACAGGGGAUUGCGGUUAUGUGGACGAACAAGGAGUGUACUUUAUUUUAGAGCGUAUCAAGCAAAUGAUCAAGUGCAUGGAUAAUCAGCUUGCGCCAGCUGAACUUGAAGAUUUCCUUAUUAGCAGCCAUGAGAGUAUCAAGGAGGUGGCCAUUAUCGGCUUGCCGGAUGAUAAAGUUGGUGAAGCACCGGCUGCUUACGUGGUACUCAAGGAUGAAGUGGAGCCUUCGGACGAACUAAGAAAGCAGAUAGCAGACAUGGUUAAAGAGGAGUUUUCUGUCUACAAGCAUCUUUAUGGAGGGGUAUUUUUUGCAAAGGAAUUGCCGAAAACGGACUCCGGAAAAUUCGCGAAAACCGAUCUCAAGAAACUUAUUUUAGAGGGUAACAUGGAGAUAUUUUAGUGCGUUUAUUAUUGUCUUCGACACACAGUUUUCCGAUCGAGGUCGUUUCUGAAGUAUAAUAAGGACAGGACUUCCAAAAAGCGAGUGUGUAUUCCUUUCCAAGCAAUAUCACUUUGUAAACAGCUAUCAAUAAAUAUAUGUAACCAUAUAUUUAACCAUAUAUUCAACGAUGUCUUCACUCAUGUCAUUACCACAAACACAUUUUAACAAGAAAGAAAAUAAGUUUAUUGACAAUAAUCUAAGUUACAUUGACAUGCGUGGUAUGUUUAGUCUAAAUUAUUAUUAUUUAUGGAACGAUGUCAUUGCCACUGUCGCAUCCACAAGCUCGGUGACAGGAUGAUAAGCGCGCAUAUGUUAGUCUUCUUCUAUGCAUACCUUUUGCUUCCAUAAGUGAUUUUUGUCGAAAUGGAAAUCCUUGAGAAAUGUUCCAUUCGAGACAACUUUCAGAACAGAAAAUUAGAACCGCGCAUGCUAGGCUAGCUAACCAAUGUGUCCAUCGUAAAGGAAAAAAACUCGUUUGACUGUUACCAACUUCUACGAUACUCUUUCCAGUUUUCGUGAGAACGUUGGUAAUAUAAUGAAUGGGGCCGGUAAUAAAGGUACCCAGUGAGAAGUAACGUGGCGAUUAGGGCCAGCCAGGCCCCUUUGUUCACCAUGUAACAAUAUAGAAUGUGUUGCUUAUAAUAUUAGCUUAUCUUAUAAUAUGCUAGCCCGCUUUUUGCCUGAAGAGCUCUUCUCGGUGACAGCCCGAUUUCUUCACAGCCAUACAAAGAAGGGAGUGUUCUUCACCGUAGUAGACAGAUGCUGCAGAAGCUUGCACGAAAUUAAAAAACGUAGAUUAAAUAAUGUGCAAGAUCUCGCCCCACUCGUACAUUUUCAUAACUGAGCAAGCUCUUAGUUUCGUAUGUAAAGCUUGUAGCUGAAGAAGAUAUAUUAGCUAGCCUACUUCCGUCCAGUGGGACGAUAGAUGGUUCAUCCAUGAGCUUAUCCCACGUGGCACGCACUAUGCUUUAAUUUAGACUUUUAUAGACAAUUUAUCAAAUGCAUUAGUCCCAAAUUUGGUAUUCAGUAACCUGAUGUCAGGUCGAAACGACUGCGUUUCUGUAUCCUCGCGGUAGACUUAAGAUGGUCAGUCGGGAUCUUUUGCGCUUUAGAGUGUAUGGAUUGGAUGUAUUAGUGUGUAAUGAAUUUGUUAGCAGCCUGAUAGACUGUCGAGCAAACACGGGAUACAUAAAAUGUAAUAUUUUUUUUAUCAUCCAUAGUUUCACAUACGUAUGUAUUCCUUUUAUAUAUCAGUCUGUAUAUUUUCUAUUUCUAUCUGUUAUUCCAUGUAUUAUUGCACAUAUUUUGUGCAUGAAGUUGCCUACAUCAGGCUCGCGGAGUAUGAUGAUACAUACGAGCAAUAAGUUUUAAAGAACGCGUCUCCAUUAUCGGUUCUUGUUGACGUUGCCAGGACCAUUGGUGGCGUUCGCAGUGGGGUCGUUGCCGUCCUCGUGUGUUUCCUGUAUGCGACAGUUACUAUUGGCCCGAAACUACGUAUCGGUAUCACUCGAUCGCAUUCACUCCUGCGCUGACUCUCUUCCAAAGAAAACUGUCACUGAGUUCGGUGAGGCGGCUCCAGAGGAAACGCACAAGUAUAAUGUCAGCAGCCUGGAGAUCCCUGUUUCUAAUCCUUCAUACAAUUUUACUUUUCCAUUAAUAAUUGGUUCAUCAUUCUGUCAGUUCCUUUUAUUCCGCACAUUUUUCAAGAUUCUAUUGCUGCUGCUGCUUUCCUAGUUACUGUUGGUGCACGCCACCAGCCGUUCCUCCUCCUAGCCGGUCAAUCUUUUGCUUUUCCUGUUUCUUUUGUUUUCCAGUCCAUUUUUUCUUGUUGUCUGUCCUGCAACUACUUCUGAAGGGACAGUCAUGGUCGUGUGCUCAUGUCGCCAGUGGCCGCCGCGUGAGUGACGCCGGUAACAGGGGCGGGUGACGACUGCGCAAGGCGACGCUAAUGUGUUUGCUAUGCAAGCGACAGACACUAAAAUAACGGCGACACGCGUUGAUUGUAGCGAUGUGUCACUGAGGCGAAAACCAAGUGAGAGUAGUGAGCAAAAUCACCGCUAGAGACGGGAGCCAUGAUGGCGACAGCGGCGGCAGCGAACCUAGCGGUAUAGGUGCGUGCCGCCGCGUCGUCUUGGCGGGAGACCUCGAGCGCUAGCUAGCGCUCGAUGCCUGCCUGGCCGGCUUGCUGGCUGGCCGCCGUACUCGGCACAAAGGGACACGGAUAAUAUUGGGAGAGCGAUCGUUCUCCGUGAAAAACCCCGCUUAAAGCUGUUCGGGGAGUGUCCAAGAACAAGAAGCUCAAGGCGAAUAUUGUCAGCCGGUCGACGCAUAGAGCAAGCUCUCUCGUCUGCUUACCUGUUUCGCUAAACGUAAAAAGUUAUUGCCUAAAUAAUCAUAGUUUGAAGUUAUUUGUUAGCAGAAAAAAUAGACCCGAAGAACAAAGGCGGCAACGCGUUACUAUCAUAGACGACGUACGCGUUAUCGGUAUUAGUGAAUGUAGGACUGCUGUAACAUCCGCCGACAUACGAAUAAGAAAAAAGUGAACUUGUAUCAAACUCUGCAUCAUGUGGGUGACACCGUUAGUUUUGUUCUCCGCUAUCGUUGGUCUCUCGUCUCUUGACCCACUCUAUCCCUCGGAGAGUGACCCGAACUUCAUGAAACUGUUCGAGCGCAAAUACUCGAAUUUAUUGAGCAUUGAUCAAAAUCGUUGCCUUCAAAAGCUCACAUGCAUCCUCGCAAAAAAUCAGACUUCUUUUGAGGAUCCAGUCAUCGCCAACAUUGUACGCGACUUCGAAACUUUGAAGAACAUUCACACCAACUCACCUGCCUAUCCUUUUCUUGCAGCAUAUCAGACGGGACUUAGUAAACAACGAUGUGACAAGGUAUAUCCUGAAUGUCCAAUCGGAUUCGUUGCCGAUGAGCGCCCUCUGGACGAAGACGAUGAAGAGGUUGCUGGAGUCAUAGACGAUCAGCAGCCCGUACAAGAACAAACGACUGCUAAAAACGAGGGGCAAUUAUUGUGAUAAUGAACAAGUGUUUCAAAAGUUUACGCAAGCUACAUUAAAAAACAGCGAAAAUAAAAGUACUGGCAGCUUGAGGCACAGCGUGAACAUAAAAUGUAGGGUGCCUUAAACCGAUUGAUCUGAGACAGAGCUGAUAAUCCGCAGAAGUGACUGCUCUUCAUUCCUACUAAGUCGUAGCUUCUUGGUUCGUAGUACAGCUCUCAUAAGAUGUGAAGUGGCCGUUGAUGUUUUAGCUUUGACUGGUGUUUCUAUUUUACGCAUUUUGUACAAAACAUGUAACAUUAUAUUUGUCUUAAUAAAAUAUUUAGUGUAGGCUUUCGGAGCCACACUAAUAAAAACAUUUCUGUGGUUACUGCUUUGAAAUUACGCUACAGGUAUAAGACGUGUUCAUUAUGUAAUAAUUCUAGUGGGCCACUACUGUAGUAUAUAUUGUGCAUAGAUGAUAUUUUGUUUGAAGCAUAUUAUGUAAGUCGCAUAGUCUGUCUUGCAGUAUCAAUAUGGCGACUCAAGCAGUUUACUUAAAUUAACUUUUCAUAGUCAAUUGAUUUAUCAA